AUGAAUUUAAAAAAAAAAAAAGUUUCCAUUAAUAAUCUUAAAAAUUACAAAAAUAACUCAAUAACUUCUGCCAAAAAGCGUCCAGUACUGAGCUUGUAUUCUACAUUUAGGAUGAAUACAUGGCAACUUGUUGACAUCCUGUCCCUUGGGUUGUUCAAAGGGAAUACAAAGUCGCUUAGCUCCCAUGAGAGGAGCUCCAGCUUCCUCAGCUUCAUCCCUGGCACUGUCCUUCUUAAUAUCAUCCUCACACUCAAUUCUUCCACAGAACGAGGCAAGGAUCAAGUUCUUGUUAUCCAAGUGCUCACAGAAGGCGUUCCAGUCCUGGCAGUGCUUCAGACCUGUUCCUGUUUCACGAAGGAUUUCUCCAGCGUAUCACGUCUCACAAUGGUCACCUGGGACUUUUCAAGAUCUUUGAAGCUUAUCUCGACUCUUAGUGGGACUCCCCUCAGCUCCCAGUGA